AUGUUAAAUUUAACUCGUAUGACGAAACAAGAGCGAAAAGAGGCUGCAAAAAUACAAUUAAGAAGAAUUCGAGAGGAAGAAAGAAAAAAGAGAAUAUUUAACCCAAGAACUAGAAUAAUUGGCGUCGAUGCAAACGCACUUCAGGAACAAGUCGAAGAAAACAGAAAGAAAUUGGAAGAAGAAAAAAAGUUAAAUGAUUAUUUUAUACAGUAUUUGCGAGAUGCAGAUAGACUUGCAAUUGAAAUGGGUGAACAAGAAAAACUGGCCAGAAUGAAAAUAGAGCAACAAAUAAACAACUUCAGAAAAGAAUAUCAAAAGCCAGAAACACGUAGAGAAUAUGAUUUAAAUGAUCCAAAUUUUUUAAAAAAGCAAUUACCAGCCAGAAUAAGCGAUGACGAUCCAAGAUUGGGACCAUCCUCAGCUCAAAUAUUUGUCGGAGAAAAUUUGCUGGAGAAACAAAGAUUACUAGUACAGAAAGAGCAAACUAAAGCUUAUUUAGAACAGCAGAUGAAGGAAAGACGAAUGGCUGAAGAGCAACGUAAACUGUCUGAAGAAAUGUAUGGAAAUGCUGUUGCUUGCAAAGAUAAGAAAGCUCAGGAGCUGGCUGACUUAGAACAGGAAUUGCGAAGAAAGUUAUAUUGUGCCACUCAGAAGUUCAAUCAGGCAUUGGUGAGUUAA